CCGCCAAGAAGGAAGGCAGGUGCGCUCAAAUCAAACAGAGAAGAGAAAUGCAGAUCUGUGUAGCGGUUAGAGUGAGACCACCAGUGGCUGUGUCUCAAGAAAUCUUCAAUGGAAAUUACUGGAGGCUCGAAGAUAAUCACAUUUCUCUUUGCAAGUCUGACGGUACCCAUAUCUCCGGCGUCUCUUAUGCUUUUGAUCAUGUAUUUGAUGAAAGUUGCACAAAUGCUAGAGUUUAUGAGCUUCUUACCAAAGAUAUCAUCCAUUCAGCUGUAGAGGGUUUCAAUGGUACGACAUUUGCUUAUGGGCAGACAAGCAGUGGCAAGACUUUCACCAUGAAUGGUUCUGAAACUGAUCCUGGAAUUAUUCAUCGGGCAGUUAGAGAUAUAUUUAACAAAAUAAAUAUGAUGUAUGACCGGGAGUUUCUGAUUCGGGUUUCCUAUAUGGAAAUAUAUAAUGAAGAAAUUAAUGAUCUUUUAGCAGUGGAGCACCAGAAAUUACAAAUACAUGAGAGUUUGGAGCGUGGUAUAUUUGUUGCAGGGGUCAGGGAGGAAAUUGUGAAUAAUGCUGAACAAGUGCUUGAGCUCAUAGCAGCAGGGGAAGUUCAUCGGCACUUUGGGGAGACAAACAUGAAUGUUCGCAGCAGUAGGUCUCACACAAUAUUCAGAAUGGUUAUUGAAAGCAAAGGGAAGGAUACCAACUCUUUAGCCGAUUAUUCAAGCGGUGAUGCUGUUCGAGUCUCUGUUUUGAACUUGGUAGAUUUAGCUGGAUCAGAAAGGAUUGCUAAAACUGGAGCUGGUGGAGUACGUUUGAAAGAAGGAAAGCACAUAAACAAGAGUUUGGUGGCUCUUGGUAAUGUGAUAAACAAAUUAAGUGAUGGUCCAAAGCAAAGGGGGCAUAUUCCCUAUCGUGAUAGCAAAUUAACUCGUAUACUUCAACCUGCUCUUGGUGGUAAUGCCAAAACUUCAAUUAUAUGUACUAUAGCCCCAGAAGAGGUUCAUAUUGAAGAAACAAAAGGAACUCUCCAGUUUGCUAGCCAAGCCAACCGCAUCACGAAUUGUGCCCAAGUGAAUGAGAUUUUGACUGAUGCAGCCUUACUGAAGCGGCAGAAGUUAGAGAUAGAAGAACUGCGCAGAAAACUGCAGGGAUCUCGGGCUGAAGUUUUGGAGCAAGAGAUCUUAAAAUUGCGAAAUGAAAUGCUGAAGUAUGAACAAGAGCGGGAGAAACUUGAAAUGCAGCUGGAGGAAGAGAGGAAAUCACAUAAGGAGUGUGAUCAAUGCAUCUUGGAGCAGCAGAUGAGAAUUGGCAAUCUCAGCAAUCUAGUCACAUUUCCAGAGUUUGAUAAGAAUGCUGGUCAGGAACAGAAUUCAGGGAGACAAUGUAGCAAGGGAGAAUUCAAUGACAGCAAUAGCUUAUGCCAAGAAGAUGUUUUUAGAACGCCUUUUUUUAAGGCAGCUCCAAAUGCCCUUGUUGCCAAAAGAUCCAAUAAUUCAAGGCUUACUGAUUACAGUCCUCUUCCAGACACUCUUAGCAAUGUAGCUGAUGAAGACACUUGGUUAAAAGUGAACAAAGGUUACAUAGCUGACCUUGAUUCAAUUCAGAUGACCCCUGCAAGAAAAGUUCAAUCCUUUCCAUCAAGUGACAUAAAUGAUGUCUUUUCAAUUGAUAACCACAGAAAUGAAGUAGAGAAUCUUAAAAGACAAUUAGAACUCAUCACUGAAGAGAAGAAUGAACUCAAGAAGAAGCACUCAUAGCAAUUGUUGUUAAAUGAUCAUUUGAUGGAGGAGAUAUCAGAACUGAAAAAAGAAGCAUUGAUAAUUCAAGAGAUUCCUCAAAGGCUGUGCAAAUCUGUAGCCAACUGCAAAAAAAUUUACAAGGAUCUUUUAUUAACAUUGGAGAGUUUUGUACCUGAUGGCAAAUCUUCCACUGCAAAAUUGCUCUCAAGCACAAGUGAAAUUGGCAUAAGACUUUUCUCAAAUCUGGAAUCUCAUUUAUUUAUCAAAAAGGAUGGUCAUGAAUUUUUCCCAAGAAAUGAUUCCCUGGUCCAAGAGCACUGCAAAGUACUUUCUGAGAGCUUAAGAGGCACAAUUACAUCCCUGGUAGCAUCAGAGAAAUUAGCCAUUCAGACUAAAGAAGUUAAGAGCGCAAUAUGUGGCUGCGACGGUAAGGACUCCACUCUGGAAGGAGAAAGUUCUUUAAAGGAGAAACUAAACUAUGAACUUUACAGUAUCAAGGAGAAAUUCAAUGAUUUGGAGAAGAAGCUGGAUCUCAAUAACCAGCUUCUGGAGGUUUAUAGAGAAAAAUAUACUAGCUUGGAAAGAGAUCUUCAGCUUUUGAAAGGGGAAAGGGAUUCCUUGCUUGAAACAAUCUCAGAAUCAUCUCAAAAGCAUGCACUUGUUAGUGAGCAAAAGGAAAAUUUGAAAGAUUUGAACAUUUAAGCACAAAGUAGGAAAGCUCUUGAAGAACAGAUUAAACACUUCAAUGUUGCUUUUGCUAGUAGGCAGAGAUCAUUUACAUCCUUCAAAAGUGAACUUAAAUAAAAAAUUGAGAAAUUGAGAGUCAUGCAAACAGUUUCAGCAUCCAAUUCUCUUGGAUGUUGAAGGCCAUGUAGUUGUUUCUUUAAUGUUAUAUAGGCCUUCCCUUGUUUCAUAUGUUCUGCAUGUUCUUUGUUAUGCAUUUACCUGAAUUCCUCUGAAUG